UAUAUAAAUGGGAAUCGAUCAAGAUUGAAUCAUAUCACAAUCAAUCGCUCAAAACAGUACUACUAUUACCAGUACAAGAAGUAUUCAAUUCACAGACUCAAAACUUCUUCAAAAUGAAGGUAUUCAUCAUUCUGCCUUUAGUAGCCGCUAUGGUUUCAGCUGCCGAAGUUGUCAUAACCGAUGUACCCGCGACCUAUGUAGCAUCUUCGUUCACGUCACAUGGACCCGUGCCUUGGGCUUAUCUACAACCAUUCUACCAAUCAGCGCCGUUAGUGGCGUACACGGCAUACGCAGCACCGGCAGCCAAAGUCGUCGCCACUGCUCCGGCCAAAGUUGUCGCCACUGCCCCAGCCAAAAUCGUAACACCCGCCAAAACCGUUCCCGUUGCCGUAGCCCCCGCUAAACUUGUCGCACCAGCUGUACCAGUCACCAAAGUCGUACAAGUCGUACCAGCUCAAUUUCAGCCCGAUCCAUCAUAUACAUUUGCAUACCAGGUACAGGAUCAGAUAACCGGCGAUUCUAAGAGCCAACAGGAAACCCGCCAAGGAGACGUCGUCAAAGGACAAUACAGUCUAAUCGAACCCGAUGGUACAAGGAGAACCGUAGACUACACAGCUGAUCCGACAAACGGAUUCAACGCAUACGUACAGAAAUCUGAUGUCCAACAAGCGGUGUUCGUACCAUCGGUAUCGACAGACGAUGUAGAAACUAUCAAAGUAGACACUAUUGAAGUUGAACCAGUCAGGUAUGCGCCCACAGGCUCAAAACCGUUGAAGAAUACGCUAGCUGUGCCCGAAACCAAAACCAAAACCGGUUAUUGAUAAAAACUUAAUACAAAUGUAUAUCUUGGCAAAAAUUCCGAUUUAAUUUAUAACGCAGAAUAAAAAUAAU